AUGAAGUUUAUGUGCUGGAAUCGUCCCGGUUUGGGGAACCCCGCAAAGCUAAGGGAGUUAAAACAACUUCUCGCAGCUAAUAAUCCUGAUCUCAUCUUUCUUAGCGAGACAAAAAUGUCUGCCAAUGAUUUUCAUAGAGUCCAAAACAAAUGUAGGAUGCAGAAUGGGUUAGCGGUUAAUUCUGAAGGGUUACAGGAUUUUAUGGGCGCGAACUCGAAUCUUAGGAGCAGCUCAUGGGAUAUUUUGGGGAGGGUUGGAGAGUCUGUUAGGGAGGAGUGGAUUGUCGAGGUAGAUUUUAAUGCUAAUUUGAACGAUGCUGAGAAAAAAGGAGGGCGUAGGGGUGUGAGGGCGCAAAUGAAUGAGUUUAAAGAUGUUAUGGACGAACUGGCUCUUGUGGAUAUUAAACCUGACAGCGGUUGGUUUACUUGGGUGGUGAGACAAACCCAGUCGGAUCAUGAUGCUAUUAUCUUAGACCUGUGGGGUCGAAAAUCGAAGGAUUAUCCAGAUGAUAAAAGAUUGUGUUUCAAGUUUGAUGUUUAUUGGGCGGGUGAUGAGGAGGCAAAAAACGUUAUUGAAAGAGCUUGGAACAGGGAUGCUACUGAUUUUGGGGAGAAGAUCGAAAGAGUUAGGUCGGCCCUUGGUCCUUGGCAGAAGAAGAAAUAUGGAAAAUUGAAGAGGGACAUGCAAAAUUUGGAGAAACAUAUAGACUGGAUCAUUGACUCUGUGAGCAGAGAGAAAAGUGGGCGCACGUUAAAGGAGACUUGGAGAAGGCUUGACUUUCUCUAUGCUAGGGAGGAAAGUUACUGGGCACAAAGGUCUCGAUCAAAAUGGCUUAGGGAGGGAGAUAGAAAUACUAGGUAUUUCUAUGCUAAAGCCACUGGUCAGCUAAAAAAGAAUAUUAUAGAGAAGCUUAAAGACGCGGAAGGGAAGUGGGUGUCGAAUAGCAAGGAUAUAAACAAGGUGGCUAAAGAUUAUUUUGUGAAACUAUUUCGGUCAAACGGUCAAAAUGCUAAUACCCAGGAGAUGCCUUUAAUUAAGGAAUGUGUGACGAGGGAAACAAAUGAAUGGCUUUGUAUGGACUACACGGAGAAGGAGGUUCUUCAGGCUAUUAAGCAGAUGGAUCCUAAUAAAGCCCCUGGAAUUGACGGGUUUGUCUACAAGAUCAUCUCUAAUGUGUUUGCUAAUUGGCUAAAAGCUGCCCUACCCAGUUGUAUUAGUCAAAAUCAGAACGCAUUUGUGCCAGGGAGGAUGAUACAUGAUAAUGUUCUGAUAGCGCAUGAACUCCUCCAUUAUCUUCAAAGUUUUAAAAAUGGCCCUAAUAAAGGUCUCAUUGUCAAGCUUGACAUGAGUAAAGCAUAUGACCGAGUAGAGUGGAAUUUUGUUAAAAAAGUGAUGAAGAAGAUGGGAUUUGCGGAAAAGUGGAUUGCCAAAAUUAUGGAAUGCGUUCGCUCGAUUACUUAUACAGUCAAAUGCAAUAAUAUUCUAUCUGAUAUUUUUGUGCCUGAGAGGGGCCUCCGUCAAGCUGAUCCCCUCUCCCCUUAG